AAUUAACUCCAUCCAUUGCAAUAGGCAGCCUCCCUUAUUUUCUCCAAUUGCCAAUCUCACAACAGAGCUAACUAAUUAACUAGCUAGCGAGCUAGUCAUCCCCAUGGCUAAACUACUCGCUUCCCAUUACCUUCUCAUUCUAACCAUAACCCUAAUCCUCACUUUCUCCUGUGCUGAAUCCCAUAGCUUCUCCACAAAAUCUUCCCGAGCAGCACUAGCCCUCAAGGAAGAAAAGAUAAGCCACCUCCAUUUCUACAUGCACGACGUCUUCGGCGGGCCCAACGCCACCGCCAUCCCCGUCACCAAAAUUCUGGACAACAACACUUUCUACGGCGGACUUUUCGUGGCCGACGACCCGUUGACUCUGGGCCCCGAGCGGGAUUCCAAACCGGUCGGGAACGGUCGGGGAACCUACACCUUCCCUUCCCAAAACGACUUCGUUUUGGAGAUGGUGUACAAUCUGGGGUUCACCCACGGGGAGUACAACGGCAGCUCGCUUUGCUUGCUCGGGCCCAUCUCCCCGACGUCGAUGGUGAACGAGUUGGCGGUCGUCGGCGGGACCGGAGUCUUCCGCUUCGCUCGUGGAUACGCGGUGGCCAAAAGGAUCGUGCUUGAUUUCAAAGCUCUGCUUGUUGUCAGGGAGUUGAACGUCUAUGUUUCCCAUUACUAAAUUGUUCUGAGGGUUGUUGACCUCCUUUAUUUCUUGUUCGUGUCUGUCUUGUCUGUAUCACGAAUGAUCCAAUAAUGACUACAUAUGAUGGACUCUCACGCAUGUAUCAUGAGCGUGGUCGAAUGGCGAUCCACAAAUUGGUCAGCAAUUAUGAAAUUUUGGACACUUCUUUACUUUUUAGUUACGAUGCCAACGUACGUUUUUGGUAACAAUGAUGCGAAUGGAUUGUGGCGACGCCGCUUAGGCCACCAACUGCUCCAAGCAAUUAUUUUUAUGACAAUACUAAAUGGUGCAGCAUAGAGUGAUUUUAAGUGGCAAUAUGUUUAAAAGGUGAGAACGAAUUCAUUUAUGAUAUGAUAUUCAGUUUUAAUAUAUUUUGAGAAAUUCA